UGAUGUGCAUAUACUAUAUAACGAAUGAAAGGGUUACAGUCAUAUGAUGAAAGGGUUAACUGUGUUACAGUACAGUCAUAUGAUGAAAGGGUUAACUGUGUUACAGUACAGUCACAUGAUGAAAGGGUUAACUGUGUUACAGUACAGUCACAUGAUGAAAGGGUUAACUGUGUUACAGUACAAUCACAUGAUGAAAGGGUUAACUCUCUCUCUGGUGUCCUCGCUCAGGUGAUCCACGUCACGGGGCGUCUUCGUAUCAGAAUGGCUCUGACUCACAGUCGCUCGGUGCCCAAUCAGAUCAUGGGGAUGGUCGUGGUGGCUCACGCUCUGCCGCCGCCCACAAUCAACGAGGUUCGCAUCGACUGCCAAAUGUUCGUGACCCGGGUCAACAUGGACCUGAAGAUCGUCUACUGUGAGAACAGAAUCAGCGACUACAUGGAUCUGACUCCGGUCGACAUCGUGGGUAAAAGAUGUUACCAGUUCAUUCACGCCGAGGACGUGGAGGGAAUCAGACAGUGUCACCUCGACU